CCACCGAGCCAGUAAUACGAAUUAAAUUCAUAUUAGCUGCGGAACUUAAAAAAAUUCAGAAACCCAUAAGGAAACCAAUGAUUAUGCCUUCAUCAUUACAGUUUCAAUCCAAGAACAAUAGAUUCCAAAUAUUUUCCUUAUAAAUUUCUAAAGAUUCCACAGGCUUUCAGCUUUGCUUAAAGAAAUUUUGUUGGAGAGAAGCUCGAGUCUAUCGCCAAAAGGAGAUAAGAUAAAGGCGGAAAUAUUUAUCUUCUUACGGUGGUAAAGUGCAGGUUUUGAGUCAACAAGCUGGUACUUUCUCCGGGAACAAUUAUUGAUCUCUUGCAAAAUAGAAUCUUAAUUGGUACAUUCUGGUGGAAGGAAAAUGGGAUUUGAGGAUUGUGAGGUAAAUUAUUUGUGGAGUCUGUGUAGUUUAGUGGGUGCUUUUCUUGAUCUAGCUAUAGCUUAUUUCUUGCUCUGUGCAUCAUCAGUAGUUUUCUUAGGAACAAAAUUUCUAGCCUUGUUUGGGUUGCACUUGCCUUGCCCUUGUAAUGGGCUGUUUGGGACACCCCCAAAUAGAAGCCUCUGCUUGAAGAGGCUGUUGGUUGAUUUCCCUAAUGAGAAAGUGUCAAAUGUUCAGGUUUCAGUGAAGGGAAAAUUCCCUUUUAAUGACCAGAAGAAUUGCCAUGUGAAUUUGAGGUUAAUUGGGGAAGAGGAUACUAACUAUACUCAUGGUGGGGUUGUUGAAAUUGGAGGUGAGGUGGAGGAGGCUUCAAGUAGUUCAGUGGUAGAUGUGAGGAAAUCAUGCAGUGUUCCUAGAAUUGAGUUUGAGCCAAAGAGUGAGAUUGGGGUUGUAAGAGAGGAAAGGCCUGUGCCUGUGGUGAAGGGUAAAGGGGUAAUGAACUAUAAGAGCAGAGGUUGGAUACGUCGUCGUAGAAAACGGGUUGAUCAUUGGACUUCAUCAUCAGUUUCGUCUUAUGAUCCUAAGUUUGUAGAUUUUCAAAGUGGUCCAUCAUCUCCUCCUAGUGUCAACAAGGAAAGAGUUGAAAUUAGUCCUAGGAAUGAAGAAGACAGCAAAGAGCAUUAUGGGAAUGAAGUUGAAGCUCAUUGUUCCAACGGGCACAGGCUGAGGCACUGGCAGCCUCCUAUAGGCACAGCUUUUGGACAAAGGGACAGUUUUGAAUUGAAUGAAUUUCCUAAUGAUGAUGACCAAACUGAGAAGAAUGUUUCAUCCAAUGAAGAGCUAAGAGCCCAUGCUCAAAUGGAGCAGCGUCUCCGUACUGAUGACAAAAAUGCAAUACAUCUCUUGGAACUAGCACUUGAAGAAGAACAGGCUUCUCGUGCUGCUCUUUACCUUGAGCUUGAGAAGGAGAGAAAUGCUGCUGCAACAGCAGCUGAUGAGGCUAUGGCUAUGAUUUUGCGCCUACAAGAAGAGAAGGCUUCAAUUGAAAUGGAAGCUCGGCAGUAUCAAAGGAUAAUUGAAGAAAAAUCUGCUUAUGAUGAAGAAGAAAUGAACAUUCUAAAAGAGAUCCUGGUGAGGAGGGAGAGGGAGAAGCACUUUUUAGAAAAGGAAGUGGAAACAUAUAGACAGAUGAUUUCUCUUGGAAAUGGGCAAUCAGGUGUUGGUGAUGAGCACAUAUUGGACACUGAAAGACAACAGCUUUUUAAUUCUUCACUUGAUGAAAGUGAAGAUCCUGUCUUGAUGCUUCAUCAACUUAGUGCAUCUAUUGACAAGAAGGUCAUGGCAAAAAGCAAGACAUCAAAUGAGUUCAUCUCCAUCAAUAGGCAAAAUCCUGUUCUUCCUCCUGGGAUGGAAUCAUCGAUGUUAGAAUGGAAUGAAGAUGCUAGCUAUCUGAAACAAGGGGACCUGGCAAGCCACCCUUGUGGCAAUCAAGAGUUUCAGGUGAAAGAGAUGGUUACUAUAAUCAAUGAUUCUUACAUUUCAUGGGCACAUGCAGAAAGGGAGUCGUGCAAAUCAGAUGUUUCUGAACAUGAAGGGGAAGGAUCUAAACAAGGAGAAAAUAUCCCAGAUCAAGGGAUGAUGGUAGUAGAAGGUUUGGAAACAUGUGGUAGAGUUGAUAGUUGUAUUCGACAUGAUGAUGAAUGUUUGAAGCUUCAUGGUAAAGAUGUAUCUCAGGAAUUCCAUUGCUCAUCAAAUUUAUCAUUUGAUAAAGAACUUAAUGUCCAUGAUGUUCAUGUAAUAGAUGAUGGAUCUAAAGUCUGCAAUGAGGGUAGAAGAAGCAAAGUAAAACCAUCGUCUACAAACAGUACUAUAAAUAGUAAUCUUUCAUCUGAAGCUUCUGCUGCUCCAAUGAUUGAUGUUACCAAAGAUACUCCAAGUACUAGCAGUUGUGGUGCACAGAUGGAAGGCAAGAGAAGCAGUAUAGAUCAAAGUAAUCAGCUACCACCAUUAGGCCCAAAGCCCAGAUCUGUCCUGCCUUGUGAUGUGCGUAGGCAUUCCAUGUCUACUGUUGACAUUGAGAGGUUGAAACUUGACUAUGAAGUUGAAAGGCUAAGAGAAAGGUUGAAGACGGUUCAAGAAGGGAGAGAGAAACUCAACCUAUCAUCAGUGGAGAAUAGAGAGGGGGAAAAGUUCCAGCUGAAGCUUUUGGAGGAUAUAGCAAACCAGCUUCGAGAGAUUCGGCAGCUUACAGAACCUGGAAAGGCAGUACGGCAGGCAUCCUUGCCUCCUCCAUCAUCAAAGGUAACAACAAAGAAAAAGCGUUGUCGUAGUGUCUCUGUAGGGAUCCAGAAUAGGCAUGGGUCGUGAAAUCUACACAGAAGCCUUGGGUGCAGGUGAUUGAUGAAAAUGGGUAUUCUAUUCCCUAAAUGAAAGAUGCUGAAAUUCUCCAAUCUAAAUCUUCCAAUCCUUGCAAGCCUUUGGGAAGAAGGAUAUGAUCAGUUCAUAGUGUUUACCUUACCUGUAUGUAUCUCCUUAGGAGUAGGAUGGUGAUGGUCCCUGUUUAAACAUACAAUCUCCACUACCUGAGUCUUCUUUAGCUGCAAUUUCUCGUUUUCUACUGUUAAUUUCUUUUCAUCUCUUAGGUCUUAGGAGCUUAGGAUAACAUAAUAAACUCUUCUGAGCGAGCUUGUAUAAAUUUUCCUAUUAUAAAUUGUAUGGUAUUUGACUUGCAUUCCUAAGAACAAUGUGUACAUUUUAAAUAAAUAUACAGUGCAGUUAAUAUGA